AUGGGGGCUGAGCAGAACCAGGCUCCUGGGGUAUGGGACAUCCUGCAAGUGUCCGAGCUGGGUGGGCAGAUGGUGUUUGGGGAGUUUCAGGUCCUGCCCCUGAAGAUGGUGCCCUGCUCUGUGUCCCUGAGGGGCCCCGGCUCCGUGGAUUGCACCGUCCUGAGCAUGCGGUGCACGUAUGAGCAGGACGAAAAAAACAACAGCAAAUACUGGUGUGAAUUUCCAUGUGUGACAAAACUGAGUGUGGUUGUGGAGAAGUCAGCAACACAGCGAGAAGCAAGAAGGGGCCGCGUGACCAUCAGGGAUGACCCAGAAAGCCUCACCUUCACCGUGACCUUGGAGAACCUCAUGGAAGCCGACACGGGCAUGUACUGGUGUGGGGUCUCACAGCCCAUACUCAAAAGGGAUAUCAAGGCCCAGGUAGUGGUGUCCGUGUCUCCAGAGCCAUCUCCCCUCCUGGAGAACCUCACAGAAGCCGGCAAGAGCACGUACCGGUGCCUGCUCGGCUGCGCCCCCUUCCAGCUCCUCAUCCUCCCGAAGGUGCCCGUGCUGCUGGGCGUGCUGGGGGCUGUCCUCUGGGGGAGACGGCGCCCAAGGGGCCUUCAGGGAGUGGCCCCCAGCAGCCUGGCCUAG